UCUCCUUCCCCUCAGCCAGGGCGCGAGAGCCGAGGGGCGAUGGACCAAAGCGAGCGAGACUGGCACCAUGACAUUCGCGCGCCUCUUCCUGGCGGCGGUGGCGGCUCUGGGGACACUCGCUGAACCGGGCGCUUCGGAGCCGGCUCGCUCGUCUCCCCCAUUCCCUUUGGCCCCGCGGGGCUCUGCCCACCGGCCGCCUCUGCCGCGCUCCCCGCCGCCUCUGCCGCUCCAGCACCACCAGCCCGCCGGCGGCUGCCCGCGAGGCGGCGGGCGCUUCGUCAACGUCACCGAGUCCGGCGCCGAGUGCCUGCCCUGGGCGGACGUGCCCACCUUCCUGGAGAAGACGCCUCAGGGCAGAGGGCUGCGAGGGCAGCGCAACUUCUGCAGGAACCCCGACGGCAGGAGCAGGCCCUGGUGCUUCUUCAGGAACAGCCGCGGCAGGGUCGACUGGGGCUACUGUGACUGCAGGCAAGGUUCUGUGAGACUUAAAGGUGGCAAAAAUGAGUUUGAAGGCACAGUUGAAGUUUAUCUGAACGGAAUAUGGGGAACGAUCUGCAGCAAUCAUUGGGAUGAUACUGAUGCAUCAGUGAUAUGUCAACAGCUUGAACUUGGGGAGAGAGGCACAGCGAAGCACACCCCAUUUUCUGGACCGGGCCUUAUCCCUGUUUACUGGAGUGAUGUACAUUGCCAUGGCGAUGAAGAAAACAUCUUACUUUGUGAAAAAAGUGUCUGGCAGGAUGGAAUGUGUCCUCAAAAUAUGGCAGCUGCUGUUGCAUGUGGCUUUUCCCAUGACCCUGAUUUUAUCCCAGUCCGACUGGUUGAUGGAAGCAGUGCUUAUGAAGGAAGAGUAGAAGUGUAUCAUGCUGGUCACUGGGGAACCAUCUGCGAUGACCAGUGGGAUGAUGUGGACGCUGAGGUAGUCUGCAGGCAGCUUGGCCUUGGGGGGAUUGCCAAGGCAUGGAGCCAGGCUUAUUUUGGAGAAGGCUCAGGUCCUGUGCUGUUGGAUGAAGUGCGUUGUACAGGAAACGAGCUGUCUAUAGAACAAUGUCUAAAGAGUUCCUGGCAAGAACACAACUGUGGCCACAAAGAAGAUGCAGGAGUUUCCUGCACUCCUCUAACAGAUGGUGCCAUCAGACUGGCAGGUGGGAAAGUCAGUCAUGAGGGACGUCUGGAGGUGCUUUACAACGGACAGUGGGGCACCAUCUGUGAUGAUGGGUGGACUGAACUGAACACACAUGUGGUUUGCCGCCAGCUGGGCUUUAAGAAUGGGAAAAGUGUCUCAGAACACUACCCAGAAGAGAACAUUGGACCCAUCUGGCUGGAUGAUGUCAGCUGCUCAGGAAAGGAGUCUGCAAUCCUCCAGUGUUCAAAGAGGGAAUGGGGAAAGCAUGAUUGCAGCCACAAAGAGGAUGUUGGGAUAAGUUGCUAUAGAGAUAACGACAGCCACAGAGCAUCACUGGGGCCUCCUAUCAGAUUGAUGGAUGGUGAAAAUAAGAAAGAGGGCCGCGUGGAGAUCUUUAUCCAUGGCCAAUGGGGGACAAUUUGUGAUGAUGGAUGGUCCGAUAAGGAUGCAGCUGUGGUAUGUCGACAACUUGGCUACAAAGGUUCUGCACGAGCAAGGACCAUGGCAUAUUUUGGAGAAGGAAAGGGCCCCAUCCAUGUGGACAAUGUGAAAUGUACAGGAAAUGAAAGAUCUCUUGCUGACUGCAUUAAACAGGAUAUUGGCAGACACAAUUGUCGUCACAGUGAAGAUGCGGGGGUGAUCUGUGACUACCUUAGCAAGAAGGCACCUGCAAACAGUAAUAAAGAUUCUCUUUCUUCUGUGUGUGGUUUGAGGUUACUGCAUCGUCGGCAGAAGCGGAUCAUUGGAGGGAAAAAUUCUUUAAGAGGUGGCUGGCCCUGGCAAGUUGCUCUGCGCUUGAAAUCAUCCCAUGGUGAUGGAAGAUUGCUGUGUGGUGCGACUCUCAUCAGCAGCUGCUGGGUGCUUACGGCAGCACACUGUUUUAAGAGAUAUGGCAAUAAUACUCGGAGUUAUGUGGUGCGUGUUGGAGACUACCACACAUUAGUGCCCGAGGAGUAUGAGGAAGAGAUUGGAGUACAAGAGAUUGUGCAACACAAAGAAUAUAGGCCUGAUAGCAGUGAUUAUGACAUUGCGCUAGUGAGACUGCAAGGACCCGAAGAGCAGUGCGCUCGCUUUAGCACCCAUGUCUUGCCUGCUUGUUUGCCACUCAGACGAGAGAGGCCACAGAAAACUGCUCCCAAUUGUUAUAUCACUGGAUGGGGUGACACAGGAAGAGCUUACUCAAGAACAUUGCAACAAGCUGCCAUCCCUCUACUUCCUAAAAGAAUCUGUGAAGAACGCUAUCGGACAAGGUUCACAGGAAGGAUGCUUUGUGCUGGUAGCCUCCAAGAGCAAAAGCGUGUGGACAGCUGCCAGGGAGACAGUGGUGGGCCACUCAUGUGUGAGCGCCCUGGAGAAAGUUGGGUUGUAUAUGGGGUGACCUCCUGGGGUUAUGGCUGUGGAGUCAAAGACUCUCCAGGUGUCUAUACCAAAGUUUCCUCUUUUGUACCUUGGAUAAGAAGUGUGACCAAACUAUGACCAUGUUCACACCACUGACCACUAACAGCACAGGCAAUACAAAGCUGUACACAUUUUUCUGUGUAUGCUUAUUUUGUUGGAUAUGGUAGUUCAUCUUAAAGUAAUGUCGAAUUACAUUGAAACACAGGGGGAAGUAAUAUUGUGUCCCCCUCGUCAAUGAAAUCCCCAACAAAGAGCAAAUUCAAAUACAGUAAUUGCACAAAUAGUUCUCGAUAUACAUAUGAACAUGACCUGUCCUAUUUAACUGUGUAAAGUAGUAAAAGAUCAAUGUGCAAUAUCCAUAUACAAGAUUUAUGAGAAUACACUUUUUAGACAGAGUAAAAUAAAGCUUCACUGAUUUACACUCAUCAUACUGGCUUGUAAUAUAUAUAGCAGACAGGCCUCAUUUUGUACUCAUUUGUAAGAGCUUUUCUUUUUGUCUUUCUGCAAGGCUUCAGACACACUAGACCAGGCAUAGGCAACCUUGGCUCUCCAGAUGUUUUGGAACUACAACUCCCAUGAUCCCUAGCUAACAGGGCCCAGUGGUCAGGGAUCAUGGGAGUUGUAGUUCCAAAACAUCUGGAGAGCCAAGGUUGCCUAUGCCUGCACUAGACUGUGCUUACUACUCGCUUUUCAUUAGAUUUACAUGACCUAGUAUUAAGCUAUUCUUUUCAGACAAAUUCUUCCAGGAUCCCUUUGCAUGAGGCUAUAGAAGAGACUUCAUGACUCAAACCAUUAUGUAGCACCCAGAAUGGACUUUAAUGAAUUAUACAAAUAAUCAAUUUUACUUCAUCCCGAGUUUCAAGUUUAAUUAUAAAAUAGGAAACUGCAUUAUUUAUCAACUGUAAGAGACUCUACAACCAUUUUAAAAGUUUCUGUUCCAAUUGAGUUUUUAAAAAUGUUUUUAAAGGUAUAGCAAUAACUGUGUCAAGAGGGUGAUUGGUAGUUCUCCAUCAACUGCUUAUAUACCUGAGAUUCCUAAUUGCAAUGUGUUGGCCUUUGGGGGCUUCUAGUUGUGAUAGGUGUGCAUCUAUGUACUCAGCGAUGUUUCUACAUGUAUGGGCAUGUUUUGUUGCAUUUUUUACCUAAUACCUCAGCAUCAUUUGAAAAAUACCUGGGUUUGAAAAGAACCCAGAUAGACUAGUUUAUAUGGGGAGAAUGUCAAUGCAAUAAAUAUAUAAAUCUCCAAGAAAAACAUUUGGCUUUGUAUGGCAAAGUAUGCAAAUGUGGCAAAGGGCUAUGCCUAACUUAAACAUAAAUUUUGUGCUCUAUAUGGAUACUUCUCAGUUUAUACAGUGGUACAUUGGGUUAAGAACUUAAUUUGUCUGGAGGUCCGUUCUUAACCCGAGGUACCACUUUAGCUAAUGGGGCAAUUUCUGUUCUCAUCCUGAAGCAAAGUUCUUAACCCGAGGAACUAUUUCUGGUCUAGCAGAGUCUGUAACCUGAAGCAUCUGUAACCCAAGGUACCACUGUAUAGCUUCCUGUAACUUUCCACUUGGUACUUGAUUUUAUAUGUUAGGCAGGCUUUACCCUGAUGAAACAAAACAUUCUUUAAUGCAAUGUACACUGCUAAAUUGUUUUUAAUAAACAAUAGCUACCUAAGUACAGGGGCUGAGAGAGGUCUUCUAAAAGUUAUGUUGGACAUUCAAGGUGCUAGGCUACUUUUCCCUUUUCAAAACUAUGCUGUAUUAAGUAUAUUUUUUACUAGAAAUGUGAUUCGAAAACUUCCCAAAUUCAACAUUUUGUUUUAAACUCAGCUGACCUUACUUGAUUAAGCCAUUUCAGUAUGUAAGCAUUUAGCAGUACAGUACUGUACUCAAAAACUCAUCUAGAAAGUAUUCAAUCUUAUCGAAAUAUUUGUCACAAUUUUAUAUUUUGAUCAAAGCCAUAAAACAUAAUUUGUACAAUAAAAGCUGUCAUUUAUUUAAGUCUUUGUUAUAAGCUUAAUCAAGUGAAGGUUUCUGUUUUAAGUGCCAAGUAGGCAAAAAACUCAAACAUGCCUGUUGUGUUUCCUAGGAACAAGUAGCUAACUGUGGCCAUCAUUUAUCUGUAUGUCCAUUUAAAAUCUCAUUAACCUUUUGUCCUUUGGGUCUUUUUGUUUUAGAAGAGCUGUUGCAAAAGCAUUAAUCUUCCCCACCCAAAUAACGGAAGUCACCUAUUAAACAAAAAACAAAACUUUUCAUAGGCUAUUCUGUUAUUUGUAAGCUUUUCAUUUGGACACAAAGAUGCACAUAUUACCGGUAUGUAGCCCAGUUA